UACCGCGACCUCGGCUUCGCGAGCCCGCGCGUCGCGGACACCGCGCGCGGCCUCGAGCUGCCGAGCGAGCAGGCACUCGUCACGGACGCCCAGCACGACCUGGUGCCGGACACGCUCGGGAUCGCGCCGUCCGUGCCGACGACCGCCCCGCUCCACAGGGGCGACGAGGAGGAAGACACCAGCUUCCUCGCUGCGGAGGCGCCGAACGUGCCGCCCGUCGUCGAGGACCACAGCAUCACCAGGCGCGCAACCCUGCAGGAGGACCGGAUCACCGCGAACUCCGAGGAUGGAGACCUCGACCCCUCGACCAGGGAGGCGCCCUACGUGCCACCGUUCGUCGAGAAUUACGGCUUCAUCAUGCGAGACACCUUGCAGACGCAGUGCGUGCCGCCGAACAUCGAGAACUGCGGCUUCACCAUGGAGACCACCAUGAGCAACACCCUGCAGGGGGAAAAGCUUCCAGAGGACAGGGGCCCCGACUUCCUGGCCAUGGAGGCGCCGCACGUGUUGCAGUGUGGUGAGAAAGACGACAGCACCAUGCGCGCAACCCUGCAGGAGGAAAGGCUCACAUAUACUGUCGAGGAAAAAAAGCUCUUCGAGAAGCAGAACGACGUCGAGGCGGAGGCUGGCGGCAUGCAGGCAGAGUCUACACUUGCAAUG